AUGGCGGAUGUAUUGGACGUUCAAGAAGCCGCUGAAGAAUUUGAAGUAGAUGAGGAGGGAGAUCAGGGUCUUCAGAAAUUAAAGGAAAAUGCUAAAAAAAGGAAAGGAAGAGGAUUUGGUGCUGAGGGCCAAACAAAGAGUGGUGUGGAAGACUAUGAAGUUAUGGAUGUCGAUGAUGAUGGGGGUCCAGGUCCCCAAAGAUCUGUCGAAGGUUGGAUUCUUUUCGUAACCGGUGUUCAUGAAGAGGCCCAGGAAGAUGAUGUUUAUGAAAUAUUUGCUACCUAUGGAGAAAUAAAAAAUCUCAAUGUGAACCUGGAUCGUCGAACUGGAUUCAUAAAAGGUUAUGCCUUAGUAGAAUAUGAAACUUUUAAAGAAGCACAGAAUGCAAUGGAUGCCUUGAAUGGGUCUGAAAUGUUAGGCCAAAAAAUCAAUGUCGAUUGGUGUUUUGUAAGAGGACCAAGAAAAAGCAGGAGCCGACGUGAUCGUGACAGAGAUAGAGACAGGGGAGAUCGUGAAGAUAGGCGGAGACGCUGA